GGCUGUCCGAUGCCGCUGGGCGGCGGCCUGGGGGCUCCUGGGAAUUGUAGUCCGCGUGGCUGCGCGCCCUUUGGCGCCGUGGCCGGCCUCUGCCCGCCGCCUGGCCUCCACUCCUGUAAAGAAGCAGGUGCCUCUGUGAUUAAAUACUGAUGCAGUUUUGAUUCAGGUUUGUUUGAAUUGUCGAAGAUGUCAUCAGGCCUUACGGAAGACCAAAAGAAAAGAAUCGAAGAGAACCGCCAGAAGGCUUUGGCUAGGAGAGCAGAGAGGCUAGCAGCACAGAGAGGUGGACAGGUGGGAGUUACAGGACCUCAGGUAAAAGAACAGAGUCCAGGCAAUUGGGGAAAGUUGAAGCAAGAAAACAAUCAUGUCAGAUUCAUUAGCAAAGACCAACAGAAUCCAAACAGUCCUGUGGAGCAGAAGAGCUAUCUUCAGAAAAAUUAUAAUCAUUACUCUGCAAACCAACAGAUGGCUGGUUCACGUGGAGAGCAACAAAAGAAUUGUUCAGAGGACUCGAAGCAAGCAAGUGGCAUUAAGCAGUUCCCUACAACGAUCCCAAAUUCUCUGAGUUAUUCCCAUCAACAAAACUCAGAUGCUGAUGGUCAGAAACACGGACAACAAGCUUUAAUUAAUCUUGGUACAUUCCAGCAGCCCACAUGCUACCCAGCUUCCAAAAACACUGCAGAACCAUCUCAUCCUAAAUUAAUUGAUAACGGGCACCCUGAUGGUAUUAAAGAUUUACAAAGUUGGAGCAAAUCUGCCAUAAAAUAUGUUUCAGCACCGAGCAGCGCCACCCCGAGUGAUUCAGAAACACUGAUAAACAGAAGCAGACCAACAGAAAGCCAGGGGGGAGGUGGUGCCUUUCAGGCCAGUGGUAAGGUGCAGAAGCUGCCCAGCUCUGCUGGUGCAGGCUCUACUUUUGAAGCUGCCUCUCGCAAGAAAGCAAAUAAUGUUACGAAAGGAAAAUGUGUGAAAUAUGGGGAAGAUCGUUUCCUGGUUGAAAUAGGGUAUAAUGCUGAACUCAUUGCUGUAUUUAAGAAAAUACCAAGCAAAAGCUAUGAUCCUACUAUGAAAAAAUGGAAUUUCAGCCUGGAAGAUUACAUCAGUUUCAUGGAAGCGGCAAAUCAACUUUCUUCAGUGAUUCUGGCACCACUGGAAGGAGAAAAUGUGGUUGGCUUGGCAUCAGGCUCUCGUUUCAGUGACGGUGGAGUUGAUGUGAUGUCCCUCUUGAAGAUGUGCAAGAACUGGAAGAAACCCUCAGCCCUUGUCAAAGGGAAGUGUGUGCUGAUCUCUCGCUUGCGGUUUGAGGUUGAUGUUGGGUAUUCUGCAGAAGUUAUUGGAGUGUUCAAACAGAUGAAUUCUAGAAAUUAUGAUGCAAAGACCAGAAAGUGGAAUUUCUUGCUCGAGGACUAUCCCAAACUGAUGAAAAUGUUCCAGAGCCUUGCAUCUGUACAAAUGGAGCCCCUUCCCGAGGCAGUAGUACAGACCUUCGCUGCUCAAAUACAGAGCUCCGCGUCACAGCCGACAGACUUUCCCGAUGCUGACCUUUCAGUAGUGGACUCUAAAAUUGUGACAAGCCUCAUGCCCUUUCAGCGGGAAGGUGUGAAUUUUGCAAUUUCCAGAAAUGGCCGUUUACUUCUUGCGGAUGACAUGGGCUUGGGCAAGACUAUCCAGGCGAUCUGCGUCGCUGCCUAUUACCGAAAGGAAUGGCCCUUGCUGGUGGUGACUCCCUCUUCUGUGAGGUUUACGUGGGCAGAGGCAUUUCACAGGUGGCUUCCAUCCUUGAGUCCAGGUAGCACGAACGUCAUUGUGACUGGCAAAGACAGCCUCACAGGAAGCUUGAUUAACAUUAUCAGCUUUGAUCUCCUUAGCAAGAUGGACAAACAACUCAAGAGCACUUUCCAAGUAGUUAUUAUUGAUGAAUCUCAUUACCUAAAGAACGUAAAAACUGCACGAUGUCGAGCUGCCAUGCCUCUACUCAAGGCGGCCAGGAGAGUGAUCUUACUUUCGGGAACCCCUGCCAUGUCCCGGCCUAUGGAGCUCUACACGCAGAUCGCGGCUGUCCAGCCAGACUUCUUCCCACAGUUCCACACCUUCGGGCUCCGCUACUGUGAUGCAAAGAAGGUGCCGUGGGGUUGGGACUACUCUGGAUCAUCCAAUUUAGCUGAACUGAAAAUUUUACUGGAAGAAUCCAUCAUGAUACGACGUCUUAAAUCAGAUGUGCUUUCCCAGCUUCCAGCAAAGCAACGCAAAAUGGUUGUGGUGUCUCCUGAAGGCAUUAAUGCGAAGACCAAAGCUGCCUUGGCAGAUGAAGCAAAGAAGAUGGCCAAAGGAUAUGGAAGUAAACAACAGGAGAAAGAAGCUCUUCUCCUCUUCUACAACAGAACAGCAGAAGCUAAAAUCCACUCAGUCGUAGAAUACAUCUUGGAGUUACUAGAAAGUGGAAAAGACAAAUUCCUGGUGUUCGCUCAUCACAAGAUAGUGCUGGAUGCAAUAGUUGAAGAGCUGGAGAAGAAACGUGUUGAAUAUAUCCGCAUUGAUGGCUCCACAUCUUCAGCUGAGCGGCAGUCUCUGUGCCAGAAGUUCCAGCUGUCAGAGAAGCAGGCUGUGGCUGUUCUGUCCCUCACUGCCGCAAACAUGGGCCUGACGUUGUCUGCUGCGGACCUAGUGGUGUUUGCAGAGCUCUUCUGGAAUCCAGGGGUUUUGAUCCAAGCAGAAGAUCGGGCGCAUCGAAUUGGACAGACUAGCUCUGUUAACAUCCACUACCUCGUGGCUAGAGGCACAGCGGAUGACUUCUUAUGGCCAAUGAUUCAAGAGAAAAUAAAAGUGCUGGGGGAAGCUGGUCUCUCGGAAACCAACUUUUCCAGUACAGCUGAAUCCACCAAUUACUGUCCUAAGCCAGAUCCAAAGCAGAAGACCAUCUAUGAACUUUUCCAGAGGACCUUCUCUGAUUGCAGAAAUGAUGAUGAACUUAUGCUUUUGGAAGCAGCUGAUGCUUGCUGUGAGUUUGACUCUGGCAGUGGCUUUCAAGAUACAAAAGAAGAGAGGUGUUCAGUGAGUUCCCCCAAAAAGCGGCGUAUUGAGGAGUUUUUUGAAAGUGUAACAUAAAGAGAAGGUGGCUAGCAGGUUUUUUUAAUAU